UCCACAAAUACUUGAAUAUUGUUUCCAAACAUGAACUCACUCGGAUGAGUUGUUUCCAAGUGGAAGCUGGCAUGCAACCGCGUUAGUACACGCUCUCGUUUCUCUUUUUACGGCUCAUAAUAAGCCGUCCAAAGUCCAUCCAAGUCUCUCUGAUAAGAGGAACCAAUAAAAGCUGCCGCAGCCUCUCAGUGUAAACACCUCAGCCCGAGUUCAUGCCUCCUUCUUUUCUUCUUCUACGACCUUCUCCUUCGUUUUCUUAAUUCUUCUAGUCUUGUAUUUACAUAUAAGGCCGCCAUCAGCCGGCCCACUCAUUAGCAUCUUUUAUAUCCUCGAGCCAGGCGGGGGCAUCAUGGCAAAGUAGAUCCAUCCGCCUCGCCUUCAAACAGGUGUCAGUCGGACGCAGCUCCAGCGGAACUUUUAACUUUUUUUAUUUUCAUUUUUUCCCCUUCUUCUUUUAUUUUUUUAAUGUUCUCCAACAUGGUCUCCAAGCUGACGUCCCUGCAGCAGGAGCUCCUGAGCGCACUGCUGGACUCCGGACUCACCAGGGAAGUUCUGAUCCAGGCACUGGACGACAUGGACCCCAACUCGGCCAUCGGCUUCGGGGUGAAGCUGGAGCGGCUUCAACCGCCGCCGUCACCCCGAGCUCACAAAAACAGCCAUCAUCAUCACAACCGCAACGACGGCCACAACGCGGGCGGAGAGUGCGACGCCAAGCCGGUCUUCCACACGCUGAGCAACGGGCACGGGAAGACGGCCGCCAAGCUGUCCGGCGACGAGGGCUCGGAGGACGGGGACGACUUCGACACGCCGCCCAUCCUCAAGGAGCUCCAGUCACUCAACACGGAGGAGGCCGCCGAGCAGCGUGCCGAAGUUGAACGCAUGCUAGCGGAGGAUCCGUGGCGAGCGGCCCGGAUGAUCAAAGGUUACAUGCAGCAGCACAACAUCCCGCAGCGUGAGGUGGUGGACAUCACCGGCCUCAACCAGUCGCACCUGUCGCAGCACCUCAACAAGGGCACCCCGAUGAAAACCCAGAAGCGAGCCGCCCUGUACACGUGGUACGUGCGCAAGCAACGGGAGAUCCUCAGACAGUUCAACCAGGCGGCGCAAGGUUCUGGCAGCAAUAUGACAGACAAGGGCAAUCAGGAUCCGGCCUUUUUUUUCCCAGAGUUCAACUCGUCUAGUCAAGGCAUGGGUCAGACCGGCGACGAUGUCGGCGGCGAGCCGUCCUCCAAGAAAAUGAGACGGAAUCGAUUCAAAUGGGGGCCAGCCUCGCAGCAGAUCCUCUACCAGGCCUACGAGAGGCAGAAGAACCCUAGCAAGGAGGAGAGAGAAUCGCUAGUGGAGGAGUGCAACAGAGCCGAGUGCCUUCAGAGGGGUGUGUCGCCGUCUAAAGCUCAGGGCCUGGGCUCCAACCUGGUGACGGAGGUGCGUGUGUACAACUGGUUCGCCAACCGACGGAAGGAGGAAGCGUUCCGACAGAAACUGGCCAUGGAUGCCUACAGCACGCCCGCAACGCAUAGCAUCAACCCGCUGCUCUCCCACGGCUCACCGCACCACCCGCAGGGAAGCACUUCACCACCAAUGCGAUACAGUCAAGGCCCGGGCGAGGUGACGUCGUCCACCGGCAUAAGUCACCACAGCGGCAUGACCGGCGGCCAGUCGGUUCUUCAGCAGGUGUCUCCGGGGGGCCUGGACCCCAGUCAUAGCCUGCUGUCACCCGACGCCAAAAUGAUUUCAGGUUCGGGAGGCGGCCUUCCUCCAGUCAGCACGCUGACCAACAUCCACAGUUCACAUCACAGCCACCAGCAGACGCAAAACCUCAUCAUGCCGCUUUCUGGGGUCAUGGCCAUCGCACAAAGUUUGAACACGUCGCAAUCUCAGUCAGUGCCGGUGAUCAACAGUGUGGCGGGCAGCCUAGCGGCGCUGCAGCCAGUCCAGUUCUCGCAGCAGCUUCACAGUCCUCACCAGCAGAGUCUGGUGCAACAGUCGCCUGCUCACAUGAGCCAGCAGCCCUUCAUGGCCGCCGUUACACACUCGCACAUUUAUCCUCACAAGCAGGAGCCUCCGCAAUACUCGCAUCCGUCGCGUUUCCCGUCGGCCAUGGUGGUGACGGACGCCAACGGAAUCGGGACGCUCGGUUCCAUGUCGGCCAGCAAGACGGAGGCUCCGGUAAACAAGAUGGUGCCGCUCGGGGGUCUCUCCUGGUGUCCUCUCCAAGCGUGGUGAGAGCGUGUACACCUGACCUCCUCGCUGCCCGGCAACCCCCAUGCAUUUUUUCCCUCUUUUUUUUUCCACACUGCCUGCUUGCCCAUCACCGUGGCGACGGACACCGAGUCGGCUGGGGGAAGCAAACACGAUGACCCGUGUCGGAUGUACGAUUGGCUAUUGAGGUAACGGUCUUUUCCCCGUGACGUCACGCGUACCUCCGGGUGGCAGAAGACGGAAAAUCACCAAAUUUUGUGGCAAAGAUUGAAGCAUCUUUAUUGACCAAGUACGUUGGAAACACAAAAGGAAUUCUUUUCCGGAAAAGGUGUAUUGCGGAGGCCAUAUCCGACGCGACCGCACGGGGAAAAUGAAUCACGCCUUGGGACUGUGCGACAAUCUUGACGCUUGUUGAUCUGGCGGAUUAGCGCCCUUACAAAGUCUUCCUGUUUGCCUUUGGCGCUCACUUGUUUGUGUAUACUGUGAUUUUUAUUUUGGGUUUGUUGACAAUCUUCUAAGGACUAUGCAAAUAUUAAGUGCAGGAAGACAAAAAAAUGAAUAUAUACAUAUACUUUAUACAAAAUGUAUAUUUACACGUAGAGGGGAGAACAGGGUUGGUUGUCACAAUUUUAAGUCUUUCAUGAAUAUCUUCCCAUGAAAAUGACUACCUUAAUUUAUUAAUUUAUCAAUCAAAGAUCUCCUGAAACUUUGUGACAUAAUGCUGAUUGUAAGGUUGCUCGUAUCAAAUGGGGUUGGUUCCCAGAUAGCAGACAGACGUUGAAAUGAUGUUGAAUCAACAUUCCGCUCUCAACCUUAUAUUGUUGAAUCAACGUUGACACGCGACGUCAUCACUUUUGCACCCUCGAUUAAUGUUGUUCCAACGUUGAAAUACUUACAAAACAGGGGAGUUACCGGGAAGGGGGGUGGCUGGGGUAGGCAGUGCCCACCCACGGACACACUCCGCCCACCCAAAGAAAACUGGAUGUAGUACUAACGGCAGUCCGUAUACCACGUAUGGUAUCCAAUUCAUAUAGUACUGAUGUGUUCUUAGUUUGAACCCCUUCAUUGUUACCUCCUCUUUCAUCUAAAAAAAAAAAAAAUGAAAUGGAAUGUUGGUUUUGUUCCUAGGGGGCGCUACACACUUUUACGCAUAUUUUGAUUUGUUUUUUUACAUUUUAUCAAGGUUUUCACCAGUGUUCACCUGGCUGUUGAGUUUGGUGAGUUUUGAAGCAUUCUGAGGGGGUCAAAGUAGGGCUCAAAGCGUCGGCGGGACAAACAAUGACUGCUAGGGGGCGCUACAUAGUGUAUUUGAAAUUUGCCUUGACACAGUAUCAAAGAUUGCACCUGUCUUGAUCUCGUGCCAAUUUUGGUGCAUUUUGAAGAAUUCUAAGGGGGUCAAAUUGAGCUCAAAGGGGCUGCGGAAUAAAGAAUAACUAUAAUAAUAAUAAUAAAACAGAAGAACCACAAUAGGUCACCUAAGAAAAACAUUGUCACUUGCAUGUCCAUACUGUUUAGUUAUGGAUGUGGUCUAAGUCAAAUAAUAUCACAUUUUUAAAUUUUAAUUUGUGUAGAGACCAAAUCACAACAGUUAUCUCGAGGAGAAAACAAAACAUGUUUUAAGGUGCAGUAGCCCUACGCUGGAUUUCGACCUACCUGAGCAUUGUAGCAGUACGAUGCUAGUCUGUUAGUCAACGUGGCGGUCGCCAUAUGUAAACGGAGCUUUUCCGGUGAAAAUUCUUGUGAAUAAAUGCUUAAAUCCCUGAAUUCUUUAUAGAUAUGAACGUAAAACAGUCUCAAUUCUUGGUUAAAAGCGAAAAAAAAAAAGUGCAGUUAGCAUUUAUUUUACGUAAAUAUGUCGAAGUACGAUGCUAGUCUGUUAGUCAAUGUGAUGGUCGCCAUAUGUAAACAGAGCUUUUCCGGUGAAAAUUCAUGAGAAUAAAUGUUUAAAUCCCCAAAUUUUUUAUAGAUAUGGACAUAAAACAAUCUUGAUUCUUGGGUGAAGGCAAGAAAAACAUGCAGUAAGCAUUUAUUUUACGUAAAUACAUCGAACUACGAUGCUAGUCUGUUAGUCAAUGUGGCGGUCGCCAAAUGUAAACAGAGCUUUUCCGGUGAAAAUGAUUGUGAAUAAAUGCUUGAAUCCCGGAAUUUCUUAUAGAUAUGAACGUAAAACAGUUUCGAUUCUUUGUUAAAAGAGCAAAAAAUGGCCAGUUUGCAUUUAUUUUACGUAAAUAUGUCAAUGAAUGAUGCUAGUCCGUAGCGGUUAUUUUCUCCCAUUGACUUUUUUUCAUACUGUUUUAAAAUGCAUGCAUGGUACGAAAAAUAUAAUAAUUACCUUGAAUCCUCAAACAAAUCACUCCUGAGACAAUCCUUCCUGUUUAUAGCUUUCGUACUUUUUCAACAUAAAUCCGCCGUUGGAUCGCUGCAUUUGUUGACUAACUACGACCGACUGCAAAUAACUGAAAUGGAUUGUAGGACAGCCCCCUAGUUGAAGGCGUUGCACAGUGGCUGACGGAUGUGAACCGUUAAUACAAAUAUAAAGUCUAUGCCUAUUGUGUAUAAGCCCUUAAAAAGAAAAGUGAAGGCUUUUUAAAUUGACCUUUAAAAAACUAAUUGCCACUCCAUACUGAAGACAACUUUGAUUUUUUUUGUCGGUGCAAUGUGUGUGUAUGUGUGUGUGGGUGUCUGGUGGUCAAAUUAUGGCAAGUGUGACAACCAACCUGUGUGACACAAUCCUGUUCUCCCCUAUAUACUAUACUAUACUAUACUAUACUAUACUAUACUAUACUAUACUAUACUAUACUAUACUAUACUAUACUAUACUAUACUAUACUAUACUAUACUAUACUAUACUAUACUAUACCAUACCAUACUAUACUAUACUAUACAUGAGGUGUGGUGUGUGAAGAAAGAAACUGCAGACUCUUCCUUUUUUCACACCACCGACUGUAUGCACUACGUGAGUGACGUCACCAAAACCAUCAUGCACAAGCGGUUUUUUUUUUUUCUUUUAUGGUUGUUUUGCUUAACGCUGCCUGCUGAAAGGAGAAACAAAAAGGCCAAAGUAGAUACGAAUUUCUUCCUCAUCAUCCGUGUUUUGAUAUGAAUAUUGUUGAUACACUUGGACCCCACUGCAUGAAUCCAUUUGAAGUGGGGGUGCCUGACACCCAACAGUAUUAGACAUUCCCAUGGAAAGAUUAGGUCAUGAUGUUGGUAGCGCUUGAAGCUUUAUUGACUGUUAUGAGGUGUAUGUGCUCACUGCCGUCUCAUUCAUAGCCAGGUUUUUUGUGUGUGUGCGAGUGUGUGUGAUUUUCUUUUAAUGUAUUAUUUUUGUACAAAAAAAAAAAUGGAAAUCAAUCUUAAAUCAUUAUUUAUACGU